CUCGUAAUCACCUUCCAUUGGCUUCAACCUUUCUGUUUCUGUUCAUUGUCACUGUUGGCCUACCCGAUUUGUAAUCGCAGCUCGAACCGGCAUGCAAUGAACUAGACCUUGAAAGCCUUGCAGCACCAAGCUAUGCUCGUCGAUUGGGCUAUGACCUGCAACGUUGCCGAUCAUCCUUUCAGCCCUUCAUACCAUGUCUGCGGUUCCCAGUAUCAUAUUUGGCCGCUGCUGCUUCAGCUCGCUAAUGGGGGCCGGCUGUUGUCAAGAACCCAGACUAGGCCAAUGAGCAGUGCCAGACCCAAAACAGUCUGUCCACGUUCAAUGUAGCCAAAGCUCGGACAAGUUGGAAGCGGUAAAGCAACCACUCUGUACGAGAGUCCUGCCCAACAAUAAAAACCACCUUGGAACCCAGUCUCUCUCCACCUAGGCUUUCUCAUCACAGUUGAAAAGCCCAAUUCGUCUUUGUUUCUGUGCGUUAUCCGUACGACAGGUAAGAGAUAUCCAGAAAUGCGCGGUGGAAGAAGCAACGGCUGCAGAACAUGCAAGCAGCGACGUAUCAAAUGCGACGAGCGUACGCCAGUAUGCGUUCAAUGUGAAAAGAGCAAACGUCACUGUACAGGACCAGAUUCACCCUUCCGAUACCAGUACGGUUCGACGGAACAGCACAUUCGACUCCUGCGAGCCUUGCAAACCGUCUCUCCCAACGAGGAAUACGACGGCGCCAUGUUUCCAUCCAGUCACAGUUCCGGCGGCGCCUCGCAGCAGAUCAAAGGAGUAGUCGUCCAGGGUACUCUCGGUAGUAGUGGCCCAUCGGUACCCGCUAGCGUGCCAUUGAGCCAGGGUGCAAGGCUCGCCGCCGCCCUCGCCGCCGCCCUCGAUUGGCCCAGCGAGUUCGGAGCUCGCUUGCAACAAUUGGGUCCUCAUUACCGCCAUCUGCCCUGCCGCCUAGGCCACAGCAAGGCACUCGACGCUGCGGUCAACUGCGUGCUGACUUCGUACACGCUCGUCUCGCGAGGCCAGCAACACAGGGAAUCCGUUGAGCUCGCGAGCUACGGAAAGGCGAUCAAGGCCCUGCGCGAGGAGCUGUCGUCGGUCGACCAACCUACUGCCACGACGUCGGAAACCCUCUGCGCGGCUCUGAUCAUUGCCCAAUACGAGCUGCUCAAGCCGGGACAGACAAAGUUCUCGUACGUGACGCUUGCCGGCGGCGUUUCUGCCAUUUUCCAGAGCGGCGGGCCCGGUCGGAUCCAAUCCGAUUUUGAGAUUGCCAUCUUCUCUUCCCAGUAUCCCACCAUCAUCACACAGGCCCUGCUCCGCGGCCAAGAGUGUUUUCUGAGUAGUCCCGACUGGACGGCCGUCAUGCGCCGUGGCGAUCCGUCCGAAGACCCCAUCAUCACCGACAAUUGGGUUACAAUCACCCAGCUCCCAGGGCUACUUCGACGGCUUCGAUCCAUUACCACCACCACCAUCACCACCAUCACCCCAACCACCGAUAACUCUCAAUGUGUCUCUCAAUUAUUAUGCGACACAUCCUCACCACUCUACCCGUCCAUCCUGCGCGACGCCUAUGCCCUGCGCCGCGACAUCGUCAAACACAACGACGACAUCACCCGGCGCCUCUCCCAUCCAGGCGUCUACCACGUCUGCCCAGCCGUGUACAAAGGGCCCAUCCCGCCCCAACCGUGGACGCCGAGCAGCAAACUCGAAUCCCUCACUCCCAAGCGCAUAGUGAAGCAGUCGGCCAUGUACCACGCGUGGGUCAUCACAGCCAACGUCGUGUUGUCGCGGAUUCUCAUGCCCGUCGAAAACGCGGCGCUGACGCUCCAGACGGCCCAGUCCGCACAGUACAUCAUGUCGACGCUCGAUUUUGUCUCGAACGAAACGAAACCGUUCGGCGGUAUGUACAUGACCUACGCCGGGCCGCUGGCGUAUGGAGUUUUAGAGAAACGGCCGGCGGAUCGACAGUUGCUCCUCGACAAGCUCAACGAUCUGUUCCGUCCUUUCGGGUUGCAGUUCGACCACGCGAGGAUGAUGACCGUCUUUGAGGCCGUGACCGGUGGGAGCCCGCUUAGUUCGCGUCGUGGCGACGUUUUCACGAAAAGUCCAGGUCCGGGUCCGGGUCAGGGUUCGGAGUUGACUUCGUCCUCGUCCUCGCCGAGCUCGUCGACUUCGGAUUCGACUUCGAAUGCAAAUGCGAACGGGAACCGGGUUGGGGAUGGAAGGUGAGUUAUAAUUUGUGAUUUGAUGGCUUAUCGUCCACGGACUGUCAUGGUUGAGGUUGGGGGCUUGUUAAGAGCCAUGUCACUUUAUGCUGGCGAUCAAGUUAGAAAUACCGUAAGAGAGCACCAAAUUUCCCCCAUUCAACAUAAGCUAUCGUGUCAUCAUUGCUUCUCGUGGUCAAUCUACAGCUUGAGUACGGAGGAGAAGUUGGAUGAUAUGUCCUUCGACAGGGUCAAUAACAAC